CCGCAUGGAGCCGCAAGCUCGGUUGAGUUCGUUCACACGGAGGUUCAAGACCUUAAGGAGCAAAAUAAAAUCUCCAAGAAAACAGAGGAAGAAACAAAGCAAAGACUGGAGAAAUUGGAACAGAUGAACUCUGUGUUAAACAAUCACGUCAUCGACCUUCAGGCAAGGUCAAUGCGCUAUAAUCUUAUAUUUUAUAAUAUAAAGGAAAAUAAGGAGGAAAACACGACUGAGAUAAUUCACAAUCUAAUCGAAAGUCACUUUGGAAUUGAAGAUGCGAAAAUGAUAAAGAUUGACCGCUCACAUAGAAUGGGAAAACAGCAAGGAACAAAACCGCAGGCCAUUGUUGCCAAAUUUAAUUAUUUCCCUGACAAAGUGCGAAUUCUGGCAAACACAAGAAAACUGAAAG